GCCACUCAUAGCACACUUCACCAUACCUCCUCACCCUGACAUGCUUCUUCACCAACACCCUAUCCCCAUCUUCACCAUGCCACAUCUCCCUGACAUACUUCUUUCCCAACACCCAAUCCCCAUUCCCUCCCUCUGUCGAAUUGUUCCCUCUUGGAUUGGACCUGCCACAAUCUCCCCCAAAUCGACAGACAGAAGGGUCAAAUGGAAUUGAAACAAGAGGGAGCAGUUCACGGGGUAUUGGUGGCCGAUGAACACGGUGAAGGCGAGUUUCAGAACGAAGAGGAAAACUAGGGUGGAGACGACGAUGGCUGCGCCUGGUGCAUUUUGGGGUGAUUUAUGGAGGACAUUACAAAUGUCUUGGCAAAAAAAGUAUAAUUUACAUGUUAGGGAUCUGUCUUUGCUCACUAGAGUGACCCUAUUAAUGUGGGUUCGAGUAGAUAUUGAUGCUAUCGAGAUCAGUAUAUCUGCUUCUGAUACGUUAGCCUGCUCAUUUUCACUAUUUAGAGUCCUUAAGACUUAUGACAUCCGAGCUAUUGUUUCACCUGUGAAAGUUGCGUGGGCAAAAGUAAAGGUAUGA